AUGCUCACUGCAAGGAUGGUCCUCCUGCUCGCCCUGCUCCUCACCUUCUCCCUCCAUCAUGUCGCAGCCCACUUCACGCCCACUGAAUGCUGCUUCAGGUACACAGAGAAAUUCAUCUGACACGUGCAGAGUUUCUAUGAGACGCCCAGAGACUGCUCCUUGCCCGCAGUUGUGAUUGUGGCUGCCACUGGUGACGGGGUCUGUGCCAAUCCUAAGAAGCCCUGGGUGAAGAGAGCCAUGAAAAGGCUUCAAAGGAAAAAAUGA